ACCCUCCUCGGGGUCCCUUUUGUUGAACCAUCAAACAUAAGCACCUUUGGAGAUCCCGAGGGGCUCAGAUGAGAAAGUGCUAUCAUUCCGCGCACGAAUCGGUCACUUCUCAGCGGCGCAGUCAUGUCGAGGUCUUUUUACGUCGAUUCUUUAAUCAUCAAGGAUACUGUGCGACCGGGACCUGCUGAACACCCGGGACAGGACUUCUUCAUCCCCAUCAGCAUGCACUCACCGGGCGUCAUGGCGGUCACGGCUCCGGUGUGUCCGUCCAGGAAGAACGGGACUUUCUGUGUAUGUCCGAUGUGCGUCACGUCCCACAUCCACUCGUCCCGCGGCGGCAUUCCCAUGCUGAAGAGUCAUUUCCCAGGAGCGGAGGCGCAGUACUGUCACAGGAUAGCGCAUCAGCAGUCCCAGGCACUCGCGCACCCGGGACACACACCUGUCUGCACGCCCACAUUCAGCGUCACAGACCCCAGAAGAUACCACUGUCUUUCUAUUGGCGCCUCUGAGAGCAGCCACAUACAGAAUGGCAAGAGGAUGCGCACGGCGUUCACGAGCACGCAACUCCUGGAGCUUGAAAGGGAGUUUUCCACGAACAUGUAUCUUUCGAGACUCAGAAGAAUCGAAAUCGCCACGUAUUUGAACCUGUCGGAGAAACAGGUGAAAAUCUGGUUUCAGAACCGCAGGGUGAAGCACAAGAAGGAGGGAAAAGCCACGCAGAGGAGCGCGCACAGCGGUUGUAAGUGCACAAGCGGCCACACAGACUAUUCGAGGUCAGAGGACGAGGAGUCUCUGUCUCCUGCCUCUGCCACGGAAGAGAAAGAGGUGUCAACCAUCUGAGGGAACACGACUCCCCAACUCCCCACUGCCGGCACUUGCUCUGCCCCGCUACACACAUGGGUUCUUGUGGCAUCACGCAACGUCUGAGCCGAAAAAAUCUCCUGCAUGAAGUCUGACAAGAGUUAAAAAAUGACACUUCACGUUCAUCCCGCUGUUCAAAUGAAAGUUAGAUAUGUGAAUUCAUGUUUUUGAAAUAUUUGUAAACCUGCUGUACAGACUGAUCCCCGCAGGGUUCUCACCAUGUACCCCAGUCUAGUCAAAUGUCCCCCAGUGAAAGUUUUCAAUUACCGUCCGAUAUCCCAUAAUACUCUCAGUGAGGUUGUAAAGACAGCCCGAGAAAAAGUCUAAUCCUAACCUGUGUGGAACCUGUACGCAACUAUUUGUACACUAUGUAUAUCUGUAUUUAUUGUAAUAAACAUGACGAGUUGACCUAAA